AUGACCUGUAGGCACUGCACGCUUACCCAACACAUUGGUAUGUCGUGCGUGGAGAACAAAAAACUUCUCGGUCAAAAAGCCGAUCUCAGCGCCCGCCUGAAAAGUGCGAGCGGAUCAACCUCAACUAGCUACGCUAGUGUGCUGAACGGUGUUGCCCCUGACACCAACACAUUGCUGCCAGAGUUCAGUGGCACCAUCCUCGGUCCGGUCAUCCCGCAACGACCGAUAAGAUCCGAGAGCACGGGCACGGCACCCAACGCCCCUCAGAGCGGAGCGGCAACGAGCGCUACCGGACACUCAGCUGAUGGAUCGCUUAACAUCAGCGGAGACGGUACAUCGUCUGUUCACACAAGCGGCUCGACGGACGUUGCCGAACACUCAGCUGGCUCUGAAGCUAGCGGAGGCGGCACGUCGUCCGAGGUUUCGAACACCCUCGCAAGCGAGACAGAGGUCUCAGCUGGAUCAGUUGCGACCGCCAUCGAAGGUGGUGCGUUGAUCGAUCGCCCUAACGAGUCUGAGCUCGCCAGCACAAGCGACAUGUUACUCAUUCCACUCCCCCCUGCUGCACCUGCUGCUGAAGGAGACAACAAAGAAACCGAAGAAAUGGAGACCGAAAGCCCGUCUGCUGCCGACGAUGCUGCAGAACUCAACACUCCGCACCCGAAGCUGCCGUGUGAGGAACUCAACACUCCGCACACGAAGCUGCCGUGUGAGGAAGAGGACGCAGAAAUGCCGGCCGUGUCGGACCUCGCUAGCUGUGAGUCGACGCACUCGUUGAGUUCCAUCUCUGGAACUGAGAGCGAUGGAAGUACGCGCUCUAGUGAGUUCACUGCGGUGAAGAAGAAGCGACGACCGGGUCGUCCAAAAAAGUCAAAAGUUUAG